UCUAAUAGUCAACUUAUCGCUCCGUCAUCAUGCCUCCGAAAGCAAGUGGUAAAGCCGUCAAGAAGUCUGGUAAAGCCCAGAAAAACAUCACCAAGAGUGACAAGAAAGGACGCAAGAAGAAGCGUAAGGAAAGUUACGCUAUCUACAUCUACAAAGUAUUGAAACAAGUUCAUCCAGACACUGGAGUCUCCAGUAAAGCCAUGAGCAUCAUGAACAGUUUCGUCAACGACAUCUUCGAGCGUAUCGCUGCCGAAGCUUCAAGACUUGCGCACUACAACAAGAGGUCAACCAUCACCUCCCGGGAGAUCCAAACUGCAGUUCGUCUUCUGCUUCCUGGUGAAUUGGCCAAGCACGCCGUCUCUGAAGGAACCAAAGCUGUCACCAAAUACACCAGCUCCAAAUAAAUUACCUGAUUCAAAUCAUUAAACCAAACGGCCCUUUUCAGGGCCACCAAAUUUUUUAAAACGUAUCUUUCUUCCAAGUUUCUAUAUUAUCAUCAAUCAAAUAAAUUAAUCUUUUAUCAUAUCAACAGACAAUACAUGAUUACUCAUGUCAUUUUUUUCAUUUUCAUUAGAGAGAUCAAAUUAAUCUUCUAAGUUUACGCUGAAAAAAUUUUAAUGAAAAUUGUGUGGAGGAAAUUUUAAU